AUUAUUAUUGUUUCAAAAGGAAAAAAAACUGGUAUAUGUAUGUGUGUAUAGGAGUAAUUCUAAUUCAUUUAUGAUGGGGGAUUGGGUCAAAUGUGUUUGGAUAAUUAUAAGGAUGCAUUGCGCACAACGUGCAUCGUGGAUUUCAGUACGAGCAAGUGGAUGAAACGUCAAGGGAGUGCACCAAUCUGGCAACCCGCCCCACCGCGUACAGUAAACAGUCGUGGUGCGCGCCGUCGCGGCACUCGGCCUCCAGCGCAGACGUCGCGCGUGCCGCAUGUGGUGUGCGCGCGCGCCGCCCGUCGGUUCGGCUUCGUGUUUGGGUGGCACGGGACGCCGGGGAGACUUGAAGGAAAGCGCACCUGCUCUCUGAUUUCGAGGGCACGAGGAGGAGGAGGAAGAGGAUGAUGAUGAGGAGAAGGACGAGGACCAGACCGAGCAUAACGAUGUGCGAACGUGCAGCGUAGGGAUUUAUUUAUUUUUUGGUCAGCAGAAAAGGCAAAACAAAAAACAAAAAACAAAAAUGGAGAACCAGGCGACCCCGGAGCCGCGCUGCUACGAGGAUGUGCGCAAGAGCGGCUACCUGCGCAAACCAAAAUCCGCGCACCGGCGCUUCUUCGUGCUCCGCGCGCCCUCCGAGCACGGCCCUGCCCGCCUCGAAUACUACGAGAGCGAGAAGAAAUUCCGUAGCAAGUCCCCGGUGCCCAAGAAGGUGGUCGACCUGGACUCGUGCUUCAACAUCAACAAGCGCGCCGACUCCAAAAACAAGCACAUGAUCGUGCUGCACACCCGCGGCGAGAGCUUCGCCGUGGCCGCGGACACCGAGGAGCUGCAGAACGACUGGUACCAGGCCAUGCUGGAGCUGCAGUGCAGAAGUAAAACCCCAGACGACUAUGGCAGCGGAGGAGAAUGUGGACUGCUGUCCCCUGGCCCUGUGUUUAAGGAGGUAUGGCAGGUGAAGCUAUGGCCCAAGGGCCUAGGGCAAGCGAGGAACCUGAUCGGCAUCUACAGACUCUGCCUUACCGAAAACACGGUCAACUUUGUGAAGCUCAACUCAGAUGCACCAGCUGUAGUGCUCCAGCUGAUGAAUGUGCGGCGUUGUGGACAUUCAGAGAAUUUUUUCUUCAUCGAAGUUGGACGUUCAGCCAUGACAGGACCUGGAGAGUUUUGGAUGCAGGUGGAGGAUUCUGUAGUUGCACAGAACAUGCACGAGACUCUUUUAGAGGCUAUGAAAGCCUUGAGUGAAGAAUUCCGUCAGCGAAGCAAAACACAGGCGGUGGGAACUUCCUGCGGAGGUGGCACCGCCUCUAAUCCUAUUAGCGUGCCAUCACGACGCCACCAUCCAAAUCUGCCUCCUUCCCAGGUCGGCUUUUCGAGACGCGCAAGGACAGAGACUCCUGGUGUGCCUCACAGCACCAACACGUCUCCAACGUCUCGGCAUGGCUUCUCCAGGUCACGCACAGCCAGUAUUGGUGCACGAACAGAGGACAACAGUGGAAGAAUCACUGCUCUCAGCACCAGUCCAAGUCUCAAUGGCUCUUCUUGCUCUACUACCCCUACUUUACGGCCUAAACCUACAAGAGCACCUACCCCAGCCAAGAUUACACUUAGUUUGGCACCAUACACCCCUAAGAACCCAGCACCUUCCCCAGCCCCAAGUCUCUCCUCCAGCUCUGGCCAUGGAUCAGAGUGUGGACUGAGUGGAGCUCCAUUAGGAACAGUGCCCAUCUGCACUUAUGCUCGGAUCCCACAGAGAGUGUCCAUGUCAGGCUCCCCAAGUGACUAUGGCUCCUCUGAUGAGUAUGGAUCUAGCCCUGGUGAGCACUCCCUUCUUGCUGCAGGUCUCUCGACUGCAUUAGUAGAUGGUUCUACCAACUGCAUAUUAGUUAGAGACACCUCCCACAAGAGAGUGCAUGGGCGCAGGAUUCUUCGGCGCUCCUCCAGCAGAGAGUAUGAAGCUGAACGCAGGUUAUUAAGCAAGCGUACCUCUCUUCCACCUUCCACUGCUCAGGAGCGCAUUGGGCCUCAUUGCAUGGAAGAAGAGUAUGAAGAAGAAGAAGACUACGCAGUGAUGUCUCGUAGCACCAGCAGAGAAUCUUUCACCUCUCGUCGAGACUCAGGGAGUUCAGCGAUUCCAAGUGGGCAGGUGGAAACUUCAGCAAAUAAAGGUGUUAAUACGAGGGAGGGUCUGGAAAACACCUCUAUUGACAGUGGCUACAUGUCUAUGCUGCCUGGUGUUACUGCUCCUGCAAAUCUCUCACUUUCAGUGUCUGAAACAGAAACAAAGGGAGGAGAUGAGUACAUGACUAUGACCCCUAACAGCAGUGUUUCGCCCCCACAAAACAUCCGGCUUCCGGUCUCUGAGGGCUACAUGAUGAUGUCCCCCCAUAGCAGCUGUUCACCAGAUCUACAUGGCAUGAGUGGGUGCUUGUGGGGUAGCAGGAGCAGCAUGGAAAGUCGAGCAGGUAGUGACUACAUGAACAUGUCCCCCAUUAGUGCCAGAUCAGCCUGCAGUACACCCCCUUCACACCCAGAACAACAUCCACUACAGCCAAAAACAGUGUACUCUUACUUUUCCCUUCCACGAUCUUAUAAACAUACCACUCUCUCCACUCGCUUUGAGGAUAAUUUGGGAGACGGACGAAAGGCAGAAGUGAUUUCUAGAGGUGAAGGUGGCUCAGGAAGGAGGACUGGACGUGGUGGGUAUCCUAAUCGAGCAGACUCUUCCGUCGGCCCUAAUGGAGGCGGAAACCUUUCCCUGUCAUCCUCUUCAUUCUCUUCCAGUUCAGCAAGCACUGAGAGCUUGGAGGACAAACCGCUAUCCUUACCUGCUGGUGGAAUUGGAAAGGCCACCAGGUCGAGCACAGGGCACAGGGUUGGGAGUGUUCACCCCAAAGAGUCAGCUCACCAUUUUCAACAGCAGAGACGAGGGCCAGGUGUUCAGAAACAGGGUCAUCCACAGCAACGAAAAGGAAGGCCUAUUAGUCUCUUUGUGGACAUGUCUAAAGCCAACACCCUACCUAGAGUCAAAGAGACUAUACAGCCAUUAGUACCCCAAAGCUCUGGUGACUAUGUUAGCAUUGUUUAUAAGGGUGAUCAGGGAGUGUGCAACAGAAGAGUAGCAGGUGUAGAUCAGGGGAACGAUGUGGUUCAAGGGCAUUCAAGAGCCAUAUACCAACAGUCUUCAUGCCAAGUUGGUGGUACCGGUCUGCCUCGCAGUUUCUCGGCACCCAUCUCUACGUCCAUCUCUGUCUCCUCAGAGUAUGUUAACAUGGAUUUGGGUCACUCGUCAUCUCCUCUCUCCUGCACGUCCCUGUCUUCUUUUAACCCCCCCCAAGCAAUAGCCCCGAUAGCAAGAGAGAAUCCUACAAGGGCUCCUCAAGUGGCCCAGGAAGCUGAAAAGGGGCAUAGAAAGAGUGGUAUGUCCACCUUACCCUCUGGGGACAUGACUGGUGCCUCUUUCACAGACUACACAGAAAUGGCAUUCGGAUUGACUAUAGUAGAAGGUCCAAUACAUGGUCCUAAACCUGGGCAAACAGCGGAGCCUUCUUCUAUAGAGCAGGAACAAAGCAUGGAUUUUCACUCCCCAAAAGCUUUCCCCAAAUUAGAUCAAGGUGCUAGACUGGUCAGAGCAGAAUCAUCAGCAAGACGGAGGCAUCGCUCAGACACCUUCAAGGCACCUCAAGGACUUUCUCUUUCUCCCUCUUCCUCUUCCUCUAUUUUUACAGAAACUCCCCAGGCCACUACACCUCAAUGCCAUGGACUAGAGAGUUCUCUUUGGGCUACUGGACAGCCAUCUGCUGCACAAUGCACUGGUCCUGGCCUGGCAGCUCUAACUUCAUCCCAGGUUCCAUCUUUGUCACUGGAGCAAGGUCUGAACUACAUUGACCUUGACUUGGCUGGAAAGGACAACCCUCAAAUAAGCCUGGAUGGAACUUCUGGCCCACACUUCACUGUCUUGGGAGAAGGGUUAACUUUAGGAUUAGGUGGAACAGCACCCGGAGGAAGCAGCAAUUCCAGCAUCAACACAUAUGCCAGCAUUGACUUUUUCAAGUCCGAGGAACUAAGAGUCCAUCAAAAUACCAGGAAGGACAGCAAAGAAUGCUGAUCGUCCUGCUUGCUGAAGAGGAACAGAUAUGCGUGUGGGUGUGCGUGUGUGCGUGCGUGCGUAUGUGUGUGUUUGUGUGGGUGUGAGACAGAGCGAAUGCGCAGGUGUGAGUCCUUCAGGUGUGGACUCUCAGCCCGUCCAAUUUUCGUUUCCCAUCGGGUUACAAUCGGAACUAAAUUUGGCCAAAAGACUAUUGGUCAUAUCCAACCGUGAACCCUGAGACGGACACGUCCUUCAGCCAAUCGGGAAGGAUUCAAGCGACUCUGACUGCCAACUAGGAGCCAAUGAUAUUCCUUCCAUUUUUUUUGUUUGGUUUUUUUCUUCCUUCAUUAUGAAAUUUGAAAAAGAAUUGUAAUACAUAUGCUACGUAGUCUAACGAUAGAUGAGAAACUUAUAUAGUCUACUCUACAUAGUAUUACUGAGAGAAGUAUAUAUACCUUUUUCUUCUUCUUCUUCUUCUUCUUCUUCUUCUUCUCCUUUUUUUAUAAAAAGUGCCUCAUUUUUGAUUGUAGCCAUUUUUACACAGGUCCUGAUGUUUCUCUGUGAGAGAAAAGAGCUUUCUGUUUAUUGUUGCGCUUAUCGUCUGUCAGCCUGUGUUCCCUUUUUCCCAAAAGAGUGUGAGAGAGUGAAAGAGAGAUAGAAGAGAGACCACGAAAGGGAUUAAGAGGGCAAGAGAGUGAAAUAUAGUAACGAUAUAGUUUGUAUUAUCUGAUUGCCUUACUGUGUUUGUCAGGUGUGUCUAUGGAAAUUAAUAUGUGUGCGAUCAUGUGUGUGUGUGUGUGUGUGUGUGUGUAUGUGUGUGGGUGUGUAUGCGUGUGUUUGCAUCAUCUAUGCUGUGCCUUGCUGUGCCUCUGUACUCAACCGACAUUGGUGAACCAUACAUGAACACAAGCUGACACACACAUACACACACACACACACACACACACACACACACACACACACACACACACACACACACACACACACACACACACACACACACACACACACACACACACACACACACACACACAAAACCAUAUUCCAAGACCUCAAACUGUCUCUAAACUGCAGUAUAAUUCAUAAGCACUGGUGAACACACACAUACAUUUAUCCUCAAUAGCUGCUCUUCUGCUCCUCUGAGCAUGGAGGCAUCAGCUGACCAGCUCAGAUAUCCUGAGUGACUGUAAAAGAGAUUACAGUGUGCGAAUAUGUGUCUGUGUGUGUGUGUGUGUGUGUGUGUGUGUGUGUGUGUGUGUGUGUGUAAGCGAUUGCAGUCUCCAUUUCUAUUUAUUUAUAGUUAUAUAGCCAGGGUAAUUAGGUUGUAUUAAAGCGAGACAACUCCGAUUCAAUCACUUCUACACCUCACACACGCUCGCGAGUCCCAGCAUCAGCAUGCGGUUUUCAACUAACACAUUUAAGUGCCUACUCAAUUUAGCUACAGCUGAAGGAAAAAACUCCACCCGGAAAUUCAACUACGUUUUUAUAUGAAGAUCAUUCGAAUGGAUUUGGUGCUUAUUUGUUGGAUAAGUUUUGUUCUUUCAUUAGUUCAUUACUUCUGGGAUAAGUUAUCUUUCUGAGAGAAGUUAGCUUUCUGAGAGAAGUUAUCUUUCUAAAAGGAGUUAGCUUCCUGAGAGGAGUUAGCUUCCUGAGAGGAGUUAGCUUCUGAGAGGAUUUAGCUUUCUGAGAGAAGUUAGCUUCCUGAGUGGAGUUAGCUUUCUGAGAGGAGUUAGCUUCUGAGAGGAGUUAGCUUCUGAGAGAAAUAAGCUUUCUUGAUGAGUUUGAGGUUUUGUGUGACACAGAUACUAACACCACAGAGGUACAUUGGUAUUGCUGGCACGUCAAUAAUGCAAUUUAACGUAAGCAAAAUUUAUAAAUACAAGUGAUAACGAUUAGGUCUUUGUGUUAGUUCCUAGAAACAUAGCCCAUGAUAUUUUCCACCGUUGAAAGUGAAAAUGAACCAACUGUGACAAAUAAAAUAAUUAAUAAUUGUUCAUUAUUACAAAAUGAAUCUUGGGUACCAUGUUGCUUAUAAAGAUUGAUAUCCAAAUCAUUCCGGGUGGAGUUUCCUUCAAAGAUCACACCAGUCUGAAGAACACAAGCUACAAUAGAGAGAAUUUUCUCGAUUACACUCACAUCAGCUAAAGUAUUUUUUACACUCAACAUUACGCAACAGCAGGACUGUGGUCUUACACAUACUCUUCUCAUCCACUAUUCUUUUUACAGCACUGUUUUAACGGUUAUUCUAAUCUCUGAGGGUGAGGGUUUCUGCUGGAGAGCUUUAAAUCCGAACAGGGUCUUUUUACAAUAAAGAGAUAGCCGUGCAUCUCUAGAACACCACUAGGUCCACUUUUCCUGGAAGCUUUUUUCUAUCAUGGUCUUUUUUUUAAGAUUGUAGAUAUUUCGACCGGAUCGCUUGUUUUGUCUGACUAAAUUUCAACUGCCUUUACACUUUUCUAAUCAAUUUUAGUUUCGGUGGAUUGCUAGCUGUGAAAUCAGUGCCAAGAUUCUCUGUAGUGUUCAGGCAUCAAGCGAGGCAAACAUUUCUGCUUUGAUCUUUUUUUAAUAGAAUUUCAGGCGGUACAUGAUCAAGGUUCACGUCAAACUGCAGCGGUUUUCUAAAGCAUCAGAGUGGGAAAUGGAGCUCCUCAAAAAGUUCUACAUAAGAAACUAUGGUUGAAGGUUGGGAGUUUGGAUCCUGGAAUUAAGCCUUACAGAAAAAUCGCAACUGGGACAAGAUUUUGGGAUAAACUAUAUGGACAAAAGUUUAUAUUUUGACCAUUAGAUUUGCAUGUACUUUUUGAACAUUUUAUUCCACAAAUAGUCCCCAUUUGCUUCCACUCUUUUGGGAAGAUAAAAAUCAGGUACUGAUGUAGGUGAGGAGGUCUGGGGUGCACUCAAUUUACACAUUCAUCCUGAAGCUCGGGUUGGAGCUCAAUAGCAGGAGAUCUUCCACUCCAACCCAUGUAAAGCAGAUCUUCAUGGACUUGGCUUUGUGCACAGGGGCAUCAUUAUACUGAAACAGGUUUGGGUUAAGUAAAGGGAAUGACUUCUGAAGCCAUUUUUUACAGUGUGAUCAUGUGUUCACUCUGUUCACAUGAUGUCACAUGAAUAGUCGGGUUUAAUAACAUGUUCAAAUGCACCAUCACAUUCGAUUUUUUUCCACAUACCUCAAAAAUGAAAUGUUUGCGAUUUUUCUGUGAAGGAAUUGACGUAAGGGAUUAAAUCUAUAAAGCUCAAUUUUCUAAAUCAAAUCGUUUGCCAAAAAAAAAAAGUACUGUAAUGACUGAUACAAGGUUAUGUUAAAUGCCAAAUAUAAAAAAAUCUUUUUUAUACAUUAUUAUACAAGUGGUCAUACGUUUUGAACAGAACGACCCGCUCUGCCAUGCAACUGAUUCCACCAUAUCCUCCUUCUCCCGCAGAUUAAGAACAGGGCCAGGUGGUGCUGCUACACAUCCACAUGGGGUCAAUGUCUUAAAGACCUCCUAUGACCCUUUUAAGCUUUUUCCACCUAUACAUAAGCCUGCUUAAAUCUAUCACAGGAGCAAGCUGGCGAAAAAAAACAGAGCAUCGACAACAUAAACGGGUGUGUAUGUGGUGUAUGUGUGUAAAUGUGUGUGUGUGAGAGAGACCAUGUCUGUUUUACUUGUACUCUUUGCUCUUGCGCUGAUGUGUGUGUAUGAGACCACUGUCUGAUUCGUUUAAUCUCUUUUCUUGCCUUAUUGUCUGUAUUAGCUCUUACACAAACCAUGGCAGCUGUACAAAAAAAAUAAGCUUUGCAUCCUGGUUCAGUUUGAAUUCAGUUCUGUAUUUUAGAACAUCAUCUUUUUUUUGUUUGUGUCUCCCCCCCACCCCCACCCCAAUUUCCAGGCCAAGUGUUCACUCUAGAAGACUUGACAUUUUGUUUGGGUCUGAAGAUCCAUUAGUCUGGUUUGUAUGUAGAAACUUGCGUGUCUCUGGCCUUUGGUCUGUGAAGCAAAAAAAAAAAAGAAAGAAAAAAAAAACAUGAUUGAGUGUGAUGUAGAAAUAUGGCCAAGGCUGAUGUAUACUCCAGAAAAAAAGGACAUCAUCAUAAUAAUAAAUAAUAAUGAUAAAAAAAAAAGAAAAGCAAAAGAAAGAAAGCCAUGGCUUUCUCAAAGCACCUGCCAUUUGUUGGGAAACAAAAGGGUUUGAUAUGUACAAUCAGGGUACUGUUUAUUGAGAUUUAUCCUAUUCGUGUAUAUCUGGUACUAAUGACGAAUCCAAUGACAAUGAUGUAUAAAGAAGACUAAAGAAAGUAUUGCAGGGGUCUGGGUCGUGUACAUGUGUCUAUAAAGGGUAUCAGUGGGGGGAAUGAGGGUGGGUAUGGGGGCUUAUAUGGCACGGCUAUGAUAGAAAUUUCUGUUCGGUUCAGAAAUUCCUUCAUGAUUAUUGCCUGUGAUGUAGACAAUGUCUUUUUGAUUUAUGAAAAAAACAACAAAGAAAAAUGAAAA